AUGGACACCACCACCGCACCAAAACCACUGUUAACCGACCUUGCCUCCACAUUGAAUCGUGUCCCUUCAAAUUUCAUUAGACUCCUUGGUGACCGUCCAAAUCUCCAACACCUUCAACUUCAAUCCUCCAAUGCUUCCAUUCCCAUCAUUGAUCUCCAAGGUUUAUAUGGCUCCACACGUUCUCAAAUCAUCCAAAAGAUUGCACAAGCUUGCCAAGAUUAUGGCUUUUUCCAAAUUGUGAAUCAUGGAGUUCCAGAGGGUGUGGUAGGUAACAUGGUGAACGUGUCAAAAGAAUUCUUCAAAUUGCCAGAGCGUGAGAGGAUGAAGAAUUACUCUGAUGACCCAUCUAAGACAACCAGGCUUUCCACAAGUUUCAAUGUGAAGACUGAGAAGUUUUCUAACUGGAGGGACUUCUUGAGACUUCACUGCCAUCCUAUCGAGGAUUACAUUCAGGAAUGGCCCACCAACCCUCCAUCUUUCAGAGAAGAUGUGGCAGAGUAUAGCAGAAAUAUGCGAGGGUUAUCAGUGAGAUUGCUUGAGGCAAUAUCAGAGAGCUUGGGUUUGGAAAGGGAUUACAUAGAAAAAGCACUAGGGAAGCAUGGGCAGCACAUGGCCAUUAACUACUACCCUCCAUGUCCUGAGCCAGAGCUAACAUAUGGCUUGCCUCCUCAUACUGACCCCAAUGCCAUUACCAUUCUGCUACAAACUGAAGUGCCUGGCUUGCAGGUCCUCAAGGAUGGUACCUGGGUCACUGUUAAUCCUAUCCCUAACACCUUCAUCGUUAAUAUUGGGGACCAACUUCAGGUGAUAAGCAAUGAUAGGUACAAGAGUGUGCUGCAUCGAGCAUUAGUGAAUUGUGAGGAGGAGAGAAUGUCCAUUCCAACUUUCUACUGCCCCUCACAGGAUGCAGUGAUAGGACCAGCUCCCCAACUCAUAGGCCAUGAUCAUCCUCCUCAAUACACAAACUUUACAUACGGUGAAUAUUACGACAAGUUCUGGAAGAGGGGACUUUCAAAAGAAACCUGCGUGGACAUGUUCAAGGCUUAAAUUAGCUCAUCACAUUGGCAAAAAUGCU